CCGAUUGGCUGGCCUGGGCGCGCCGCCGACGGCGGAGGGCUUGAGCUCAGUGUCGCGGCUCUCCUGGAAGAUGGCGGGUCUGGCAGUGUGCGGUGUUGGUAGAAGAGGCUUUGCGUGGAUGGUCGCAAGAGUGACGCGCAGAGAGUUUUGGUCUCGGUCCAGAAAAGAGGAAGAGCUGGUGGAGGCUGAGACAGUAGAAGAGGUGAAGAAAGAACCUCUCUUGGUGUGUCCGCCCAUACGAAGCCGAACGUACGUGCCACCUGAAAAUCUCCAGAGUCUUUUGGAAUCUCGUGUUAAAGAAGUUUUUGGUACGGCUCUUCCCAGCAAUUGGCAGGACAUCCAUCUGGAAGAUGGUCAUCUGAAGUUCAUUCUCUUGGGGCGCUUAGCUGAUGACUUGGGCCAUGCAGUGCCUAACUCCAGGCUUCACCAGAUGUGCAGAAUCAGAGAUGUUCUAGAGUUCUAUAAUGUUCCUGUUCAAGAUAGAUCGAAAUUUGAUGAAUUUAAUACCAGUAAUCUACCUCCUAAUUUGAAAAUCACUUGGAAUUACUGAGUAAUGCAGAGGAUGAGCACAUUGAUAAAUUCCGCCCCCCCCCCCAAGCAAGGGGGCUGCUUAUUAGACCUUUUGCUACUUUACCAUCAGAACUAUUCUCUAGACCUCAUUGUUCUAUAGAUGACUGCAUCAUCUUUUUUUUCCCUCAUGUUGUGAAUCCACAAAGAAAUAAGAGAAAUUUCUUUUUUCACAUUUGAUGAAUCCAAUUUAUUAAAAAAAUAGAAUUAGGUCAAUAAUAAUUUAUGGAAUUUUUUUUCACCAGAGGACAUUUUAAGAUAGGAGGUUGUUACAAGUUCAGACUUGAUCUUUAUCCUUCAUAGGCAUGAAGUAGUAGUUGCAAGAAAAUGUUUUAAAACUAUUAGGGCUCUUAAGUCCGAAAUGGAAUUAUCACAUAUUGCACAGGUACAAAUAAGGAAACUUGUAUUAGAUAGUUAGAAAAGUCUGUGUUAUAUAUUAUAGAAAAUUCUUUAUUUCACUGUUUUACUGCAUGAGUAGCAAUAGCAGAAAAUAAUAUUGUGCCUUCUGGAUUAAUCUGUUUUGGAAAUUAAAGUAAUUUUCUUAAAGUA